CACUGUCAAGAGAAAAACACACGUUACACAGUAAACAGCUCGGGCUACUUCAACAAAUGUAAGCUGUUUUCCUUGCACUCGUAAAAUUUAGCAAACGUACAAAUGUAAACGGUAGUCCCGGAAUUGUGUUUGUAUUAUAGCAAACAGACCGGACCACUGUAACAUCAGUCAUUUGGCUGGCUGAUCUCCAAGGGUCGAGAUACUGAUCGCCGACUGUAGAGGGAACUCCCACCUGCAGACAUCUCGAGUUUAUUAAAGCCUAGACCCCACAGUGGUUCAACAGGUUCUGCACGACAGUGGACGACAAUCCUCCGCCCUACGGAGGGAGCAGUGCCUUCGCUGCUCGUGGGAGAAGUACGAGAGAUUUAAAAAUCAGGACGGUCUGAUAUUUCAGAGCGGCAAUGGAGAAAAUCAUUACAGUGCUUCUGACUGUGAUGAUGGCAGGCAGUGCACGAAACAUUCCCUAUGUCCCAGCAGUUCUUCACCCGCCUGUUCCUGAAGAGGCUCGACUGAACUUGGAAGACGUUAGACUCCUUGAAGAGACGGAUCAAGGUCCUGAGGUGACACCAGGAUUAUUUGAGGGUGACUUAGCCCUCACUGAUGAGCUGUACAACUAUUGGAGAGUUGGGAUCCGGUGGGAUGUAAUGCCCCAAAGAAUGUGGCCUAACGGCACAGUGCCCUAUGUCAUCAGUCCACUCUAUGAUAUCCCUGACUAUGUCACAAUUUACAAGGCCAUCACAAUUCUGAACUCCAUGACAUGUGUCCGGUUUGUGCCUUGGAAUGGGAAGGACAAGGACUAUUUGAUCAUCUGGCCUGUGAAGCAACCAAAAGGAUGCUGGUCAUAUCUGGGGCGAUAUGGAGGCCCUCAGAUUGUGUCACUGCAGCCACCAGACACAAAAGGCCCCAACUGUCUUGGAGGGGAGGGCCGCUCCAUUCAUGAAUUGAUGCAUGCACUAGGAAUCUUCCAUGAACACUCCAGAGCUGACAGAGAUCAAUAUAUCAAUGUGAAGUUUGAAAACAUUAUACCAGAGUACCGCAGUAACUUCAACAAGCAGAGUCUGGAGAACACGACAUACAACUUUGAGUACGACUAUAAUAGUAUCAUGCACUACGGACAGUAUUUCUUCAGCAAAACAAAAGGACAGCCUACAAUCAUUCCUAAGAAACAAAACGUCAAAUUGGGACAAAGGAAAGCCCUGAGUAAAACAGACUGCCUAAAGAUUAAUGAUCUUUAUGGAUGUUUGAAUAAAUCUGUUUACCAAAACAGAAAGUAUCAUAUACUCUGUGACAUCCUUGGAUAUUAACAUAUAUAUUGCAAUAAUGGUUUCAUAUAUACUACAGAAUAUAUGAGUACGAUACCAUCCUGCAAGCUGAUUACAAACAAAAAUGGUAUUUUUUAACGGAGUAAAGAAAAAAACAUUAACAUUAUUUACAAGAAACUAGACUAUAAAUCAUAAAAGUAAAUGUCGUUUAGAUGUAAAUAAAAAUAUAACAUAAGAUUUACCUAUUAAAAAUAAACAGAAAUUAAAAUAUGUGGAUUUAGUAACAAAGUAAUAAUUAUAAAGAUUUUAGUAUAUACCAAUUAUUUAUGUUCAAUUCAAGAAUAAUGAAAUAGAUGAGACAUAUAGCAUGUAUGGUGGCAAUUAUAAAUGGGGGGGGGGGGGGAAAAAAAACAACCUGCAGGAAAAGGAACAAUUAAAUCAUAGCCACAGAUUGAAGGAAAAUGCAAAUAUGCAGACAAAGCAUGAAGGUGUGAACUGGAUUGAUCUGGCCCAGAACAGGUUUCAAUGGAAGCCUUUCCUUAAAAACAUAAGACUUUUUAUACAUUUUAAUUUUAACAAACUCCCUUUCUGUAAGCCGGAGUGCAUUAUACUGAUCUUCCCCUUCUUCCUAAGAUGUUUCCACUUCAUGUUGAUCAUCUGUCAUUACACCAACAUUUCACUUAAUCAACACAAACAAUAUUCACAUAAGAAACCAGCUUUUCACUUACAUAUACACUUCCUACACCCAUUUCAUCACAUAUCUUCACU